AUGACAAAAUCUCAUGUUGCAGACCCAACAGAGGUAGACACCAAUGUGGAGAAGAUGAACAUUAAUAAAGAUGCUGGUAGCAGUGGAGUUACCAUCACAGACAUAUGUAAACAAAAUAAGAUAUACAGACUGCAGAAGCAGAUAGAAUAUGAACAGAGAAUAGCAAAUGAUGAUUUCUCUUUAGAGUUCCUCUUAUGCACAAGAUCAAUAGAGGAGUCAGAUGAUUUUGAUGAUGUAAAGCUUUCAAAAGCAUCUUAUUAUUAUGGCAAAUCACUUAACAAGUGUAAAUUGUGGUUAGCUUUAAUAAGACAGCAGUUUCAUCUGAGAAAAUCAUUACAAAAGACACCAGAUGUGCAUUAUCAUAACACUGUCCAACAAGAGAACCAGUUCAUACUCUUGUUUUUUAUAUACAUUACCAAACUUGAACAGGAUCUGGACAGUCUAUCAGAUGAAUUCUUUUACAUACUCUUUCUACAGAUAAAGCUCAGAUCAAUUAUCCAGACUGAACUGAAUAAACUGCAACACCAACCAAAAAUAAUUAUGGAAUUACAAGAACAAGCAAUACUUAUUGAGUUCAUUCUAGAAAAGAAGAAGCAAAUGGACAGACAAAAAGAACAAGAACCAAAUGAAGGCCAGGGCUGCAAAGCCCAUGCAAGACCCAGGUCAAACAUUAGAAAGAUAGAAUAUUAA